UGUAGUGCUUCCCGAGCAUGAGUUCAGAAUGAAGCGGCGAUUGGAUGAGCAGGAGUCACCCGUGUAUGCGUCGCAGCAGAGACGUAUCACCAGCAGCACCGAAGCUUUUCAACACCAGCACCGCGUGCUUGCCCCGGCACCUCCGGUCUAUGAGGCGGUUUCGGAGACCAUGCAGUCUGCCACGGGGAUUCAGUACUCGGUAACUCCCAGCUACCAGGUGUCAGCCGUGCCGCAGAGCUCGGGCAGCCAUGGGCCAGCCAUCGCAGCCGUCCACAGCGGCCACCACCACACCGCGCCGGUGCAGCCUCAUGGGAGCCAGGUGGUGCAGAGCCACACGCACCCCACCCCACCAGCCGUGCCCGUGCAGGGGCAGCAGCAGUUCCAGAGGCUCAAGGUGGAGGAUGCAUUGUCUUAUCUUGACCAGGUGAAGCUGCAGUUUGGUAGCCAGCCACAGGUCUACAAUGACUUCUUGGAUAUUAUGAAGGAAUUUAAAUCUCAAAGUAUUGACACUCCGGGAGUGAUCAGCCGCGUAUCACAGCUCUUCAAGGGCCACCCAGACUUGAUCAUGGGUUUCAACACCUUCUUGCCACCUGGCUACAAGAUUGAGGUGCAGACGAAUGAUAUGGUGAAUGUGACAACACCAGGGCAGGUUCAUCAGAUCCCCACUCACGGCUUGCAGCCCCAGCCGCAGCCCCAGCCGCAGCAUCAGUCGCAGCCUUCAGCGCAAUCAACCCCAACACCAGCACAGCCAGCGCCGCAGCCACCACCUGCCAAAAUCAGUAAGCCAUCACAGUUGCAGGCACAUACUCCUGCCAGCCAGCAAACUCCCCCGAUUCCACCAUAUGCAUCACCACGCUCACCACCGGUCCAACCUCAUACGCCUGUGACAAUCUCUCUGGGAACCACACCGUCCCUGCAGAACAAUCAGCCUGUUGAGUUUAAUCAUGCCAUCAACUAUGUCAACAAGAUCAAGAAUCGGUUCCAGGGACAGCCAGACAUCUACAAAGCCUUUCUGGAGAUCCUCCAUACAUAUCAGAAAGAGCAGCGAAAUGCGAAGGAGGCAGGAGGUAACUACACACCGGCUUUGACGGAGCAGGAGGUGUAUGCGCAGGUGGCUCGCCUCUUCAAGAACCAGGAGGAUCUGCUCUCGGAGUUCGGGCAGUUCCUGCCUGAUGCCAACAGCUCUGUGCUGUUAAGUAAGACAACUGCAGAGAAAGUGGAAUCGGUAAGAAAUGAUCACGGUGGCACGGUGAAGAAGCCACAGCUCAACAACAAACAGCAAAGACCCAACCAGAAUGGCUGUCAGAUCCGACGGCACUCGGGAACUGGAGCAACCCCUCCGGUGAAGAAGAAACCGAAGCUGCUUGGUUUAAAAGACCAGUCUUUGGCAGAAGCCAGCAAACAUGGUGUGGGGACAGAAUCUCUCUUCUUUGAGAAGGUCCGCAAGGCUCUGCGUAGCACAGAAGCAUAUGAAAACUUCCUUCGCUGCCUGGUUAUUUUCAACCAGGAGGUGAUCUCCCGGGCUGAGCUCGUGCAGCUCGUUUCUCCAUUCCUGGGGAAAUUCCCAGAAUUGUUCACUUGGUUUAAAAACUUUCUGGGUUAUAAAGAGUCUGUUCACAUGGAGACAUAUCCGAAGGAACGGGCUACCGAGGGGAUUGCCAUGGAGAUAGACUAUGCGUCCUGUAAAAGACUGGGCUCCAGCUACCGAGCCUUACCCAAGAGCUACCAGCAACCCAAGUGCACAGGGCGGACUCCACUGUGUAAAGAGGUUUUGAAUGACACCUGGGUCUCCUUCCCGUCCUGGUCCGAAGACUCCACGUUUGUGAGCUCCAAGAAGACGCAAUAUGAAGAGCACAUCUACAGGUGCGAGGAUGAGCGUUUCGAGCUGGAUGUUGUCUUGGAGACCAACCUGGCAACGAUCCGUGUCCUUGAGGCAAUCCAAAAGAAACUCUCGCGCUUGUCUGCCGAGGAGCAGGCCAAAUUCCGGCUGGACAACACUCUGGGUGGCACUUCGGAGGUGAUCCACCGCAAGGCUCUCCAGAGGAUAUAUGCUGACAAAGCAGCCGACAUCAUUGAUGGACUUCGGAAGAACCCAUCCGUGGCUGUUCCCAUUGUACUGAAAAGGUUAAAGAUGAAAGAGGAAGAGUGGCGAGAAGCCCAGAGAGGAUUUAAUAAAGUCUGGCGAGAGCAGAAUGAGAAGUAUUACCUGAAAUCCUUGGACCACCAGGGCAUCAACUUCAAGCAGAAUGAUACCAAGGUCCUGAGGUCAAAGAGUCUCCUCAAUGAGAUUGAAAGCAUCUAUGAUGAGAGGCAAGAGCAGGCUUCAGAAGACAAUGCUGGAGUCCCCACAGGCCCACACCUAUCACUAGCCUAUGAAGACAAGCAGAUCCUGGAAGAUGCUGCCUCUCUCAUCAUCCACCAUGUGAAGCGGCAGACGGGAAUCCAGAAAGAGGACAAGUACAAAAUCAAGCAGAUCAUGUAUCACUUCAUUCCAGACCUGCUGUUUGCUCAGCGAGGUGAACUCUCGGAUGUGGAAGAGGAGGAAGAAGAGGAAAUGGAUGUGGACGAAGCUACUGGGGCUGCAAAAAAGCACAAUGGUGUUGGGGGCAGUCCUCCCAAAACGAAGCUGAUGUUCAACAACACGACGGCCCAGAAGCUGCGGGGCAUGGAUGAGGUCUACAAUCUCUUCUACGUGAACAGCAACUGGUACAUAUUCAUGCGACUGCAUCAGAUCCUGUGCUUGCGGCUGCUGAGGAUCUGCACCCAGGCCGAGCGGCAGAUCGAAGAGGAGACGCGGGAAAGGGAGUGGGAGAGGGAAGUGCUGGGCAUAAAGCGAGACAAGAGUGACAGUCCUGCCAUCCAGCUGCGACUGAAGGAGCCUAUGGACAUCGAUGUUGAGGAUUAUUACCCAGCCUUCCUGGACAUGGUGCGCAAUCUCCUGGAUGGGAACAUGGACUCGUCACAGUACGAGGAUUCCUUGCGCGAAAUGUUCACCAUUCAUGCCUACAUUGCCUUUACCAUGGACAAGCUGAUCCAGAGCAUUGUUCGACAGCUCCAGCACAUAGUGAGUGAUGAGAUCUGCGUGCAGGUAACAGACCUCUACCUGUCGGAGAACAACAACGGAGCAACAGGAGGUCUUCUCGCUUCCCAGUCUUCUCGUACUCUUCUGGAGGUCGCGUACCAGCGCAAAGCUGAGCAGCUCAUGUCAGAGGAGAACUGUUUCAAGCUGAUGUUCAUUCAGAGCAGAGGUCAAGUUCAGUUAACCAUUGAACUGCUGGACACAGAAGAGGAGAACUCUGAUGACCCUGUAGAAGCAGAGCGCUGGUCAGACUACGUGGAGCGGUACGUCAACUCCGAUUCUACCUCCCCUGAGCUCCGGGAGCACCUGGCCCAGAAACCGGUCUUCCUGCCGAGGAAUCUGAGGCGGAUCCGAAAGUGUCAGCGUGGUCGCGAGCAGCUGAAAGAGGGAAACAGUAAGAAGUCCAUGGAGAACGUGGAGAGCUUGGACAAGCUGGAGUGUAAAUUCAAACUGAACUCCUAUAAGAUGGUGUACGUGAUCAAAUCGGAGGAUUACAUGUACAGGAGGACCGCUCUGCUGCGAGCUCAGCAGUCCCACGAAAGAGUGAGCAAGCGGCUGCACCAGCGGUUCCAGGCCUGGGUGGACAAAUGGACCAAGGAGCAUGUGUCCCGUGAAAUGGCAGCCGAGACAAACAAGUGGCUAAUGGGCGAAGGGCUGGAGGGCUUGGUGCCCUGCACCACCACCUGUGACACAGAGACCCUGCACUUUGUGAGCAUUAACAAGUACCGCGUCAAAUACGGCACAAUAUUCAAGACACCGUAA